AUGUUUUUUAAACCAGCUCCAGAUGCUGUCCCCCAGCAGGAAGGGAUUAAGCGUUAUUUUUUUGUACAGUACUUUAGUUUUGCCUGUGUCGGUAUUGAUCCCACCUCAUUGGAAAGAACUAUUUGUAAUACUUAUUUGACUUGGUUGCCAAUGCUGUCUUUAUUGUUUCUCUGCUUUCCCAUUGUCAUCUAUGCCAGUCAAUAUAUAACCGAUUUGGAUCUUGUAACGGAUGCUUUAUCGCCCAUUUGGCAAGCAAGUUUAUCGAUAAUGAAAUUAAUGUAUUUUAUUUGGAAUAAGGAAAAAAUUAUUAAAUUAGUGCGAAGAAUAUGGAUGUGGAAUGUGAAGGCCUCUGCUGAAGAAUUGAAAAUAUUAUAUGAGGAAAAUCGUAGAGAUACAAAAUUUUCCACAGUUUACUAUAUAGUUGUCUUUACAACAGGUGUAUUAGCUUUGGUCUCACCCUUUGUUAUAGCAUUUUUCUAUCAUGUAAAGGGACUAGGGUUUCGUGAGAAUUUGGGUCCUCCCCUUAAAGCAGCUUACUUUCCAGAUACUACUAGCCAUUUAGGUUAUGCUAUUGCAUAUAUUUGGAAUGUAUCUGGUAUUUAUUUUGUUAUCAAUGGAAAUCUCGCUAUUGAUUCGCUAUACUCUUGGUUCAUGCACAAUGUGGUGGCACAAUUUCGCAUUCUUAAAUUACAUUUUAAAACCGAUGCCCAUACGGUUCGUCAUCAGGGUGAUGAAGAGGAAUUUCGUGAACUAAUAGUUGGUCGUAUAAAACAUCAUCGUCGUGUUAUUAUAUUGGCAGAAAAUUUCAAUGAUGUCUAUCAGAUUAUAGUUUUUAUCAAAUUCACCAUUAGUUUUAUACAAAUUGCAUUUCUGGCCUAUCAAUUUGCCCGUGGACGUGAACUGUCAGCCCAGUUAUUUCAUCUAUUCUUUUUGAUAUCGGUUUCUUUGCAAUUGAUAUUGUAUUGUAAUGGUGGACAAAGGAUUAAAGAUGAGAGUACAUUGGUGGCGGUUUUUAUAUAUGAUUAUUUCAAAUGGCAUGAUUUGAGUAUUAAAACAAAAAAACUUUUACUUUUACCCCUGAUGAGAGCUCAGAAACCUUGUAUUGUGACUGGAGUGUUUUUUCAAGCCGAUCUAAGUUUAUUUUUAUGGGUUUUCAAAACUGCCGGCUCUUUCAUAACUAUGCUUUUGACUCUUGAGGAAAAGGAAACUAUAUAG